GCCCGACAUCAUCCUGCGCGCCAAGUCGGCGGAUGUGCAUCGUCCAGCUCGAGCUGACUGGGUUUCAUCCGGACGUACUUGGAAUACUUCUACGUCGCCGUUCCGAGACACGUACUACACACGCUGACUGACCGCACCUCCAUCAACCACCACAGCGAAAAAGGCAGAGAGGCGUCACCGGAGCCCGAAGUGCUCGGUGUUCUCGUGCGCAUCGGAAUAUUUGCACGUCGGGACGAAUCGCCUUGACUCGCGACUGUCCUUUGCGGUCCCUGCCUACGCUCGACCUCUGAUCGCCGUCCAAAUCCAGCAGAGUCAGGCACAGCGGCUGGAACACUCCGACUCUUCGGCAGCGAAGUCGGCGCAUUUGCCCAAAACGUCGAUCAGCCAUGUCGCUCGCUGCAGGGCCUGGUCGUGGAGGUGGCGGCGGCAGUAAAGAUGGCCCAGGCCAGCUUCCGAGUGAGCUUCAAUUGGUGACAGAGAAGCAUGUGGCAUAUAUUCAGAGCUUGGACACUCGCAAAGACGAACUCGAAUACCACCUCACCGAACACCUGCGAAUCAGCGGCAUCUACUGGGGUCUUGUAUCCCUCCAUCUACUCGGGCAACCCGAUGCGCUGCCACGAGAAGGCCUCCUCGAUUUUGUCUUCGACUGUCUUCACGACAAUGGCGGCUUCGGCGCAGCGCCUCGUCACGACCCACACCUCCUCUAUACUGUGUCCUCUGUGCAGGUCUUGGCGAUGCUCGAUGCGUUUGAUGAGCUGGAGAACAGAGUCACGGACGGUAAGAUGAAGGUUGCCAGAUACCUCGCAGGGCUACAGCAACCAAAUGGAACAUUCGCGGGAGACUGUUGGGGAGAAACGGACACACGCUUCUUGUAUGCAGCACUCAAUGCGCUAUCGCUGCUGAACAUGCUGCCGGCUCAGCGACCCGACAUACCGCCACUGAUAGAUGUGACUGCCGCGACCAACUACAUCAAAUCAUGCCAGAACUCGGAUGGUGGAUUUGGAGUGGCACCGGGAGCGGAGUCUCAUUCUGGACAGGUCUUCACCUGCGUGAGCGCACUGGCGAUAGCAGGAGAGCUCGAUUCAUACUUAGGCGACGAUGGCAAGGACAGACUCGCCGCAUGGCUGAGUGAACGUCAGUUGCCCAGUGGUGGCCUCAAUGGCCGUCCCGAGAAACUGGUCGACGUUUGCUACAGCUGGUGGGUUCUCACCGGCCUUGCAUUGAUCGGACGACUACACUGGAUCGACAAGGAGAAGCUCACCACUUUCAUCCUGCAAUGUCAGGACCCUGAUCAUGGUGGGAUUGCAGACCGGCCGGGAGACAUGGUCGAUGUCUUUCAUACAUGCUUUGGCACCGCUGGUUUGAGCUUGUUGGGUUAUCCCGGGUUGCUUGAGGUGGAUCCAGCUUACUGCAUGCCGAAACAUAUUACCGACAAAGUGCUUGGCAGGUGA